UCAGUCUCGAACGAUAAUUGAAAGUUGUAGCAAAUUGUAAAAAUGAAGUCAUUUUUGAUAAUUGGAUUUGGCUUGUGCUUGCUGGGUGUAGCAUACGGAUCUCCACAACUAGACAUUCUGCAGAAUUUACUUGGAACUGUCACCUCAACUGUAGGCAACGUGUUGGGAGUUCUAACAUCGCAAAUUUCGGCCAUCAAUGUCCAGCUGAACAGCAUAAUUGCCCAGAUCACAUCGGCUUUAUCCAAUUUAACUGCAACUGCUGGCGGUACCGUUAACUCUCUAUUGGCCACAGUCCUGUCGAAUGCCCAAGUUGCUCUCCAAAAUGCUCAAUCAGUUAUAAAUAAAGUGGUCAGCAGUGGUCUGAGCACUGCUUCCUCGACAGCGACCAACACCCUGAACACUGGCACUAUUCAGCUGGUGAAUGCCGUAUCCAACCUGAGCAACAUUACUGGCCAAGUGCUUGCAGCUGGAACUAAUGUAUCGCAGGAUCUGCUGAAUCAACUGAGCUUAGCAACGGCUACUGUGAACAACCUAGCUGCUUCGGUAAGCGGAAUAGUAAGUUCUUUGCUUAAUUCCGUGCUGGGUUUGGUUGGGGGAUUACUUGGCUAAGAAGAAAUA